UUCACAUAAAACAAAACAUGUUCUGUUGGGAACAACGAAACCAGAGAGAGAGGCAUGAAUUGAAGGAGAGUGAGACUCGUGAACCCUACGACGCCACCCUCAACACAACCACCAUGUCUCAGAAUGGUUCCUUCGACCACCGCCCUCGUGCGGCGUCCAACGGAGAAGCAGCGGCGGCGGUGGCUGGUGGUUCCAACACGCUCCGUGCGAGCCCCAAACGAGACCACAAGCCAGACAACUACGAAGACCUUCAAUUGGACUUCAACCCUCUCGUCUUGAGCUCCCUCGAGCGUUAUCUUCCUCUUCACAUGCUCAACAUGUCACGAGACAGCAAGGCUCAGUACAUGAGGAACAUCCUCCUCCGAUAUUUACCUGACACUGAACGCGUUCGGAUUCAAAAGCACAAGGAAUACAGGCAAAAUAUCAUAUUGAAUUAUCCACCGCUACAUAAGGAGAUAUAUACUAUGCAUUCUGAAAACUUUUUUGUGCCCUCAUUUCUUCAAGCAAUUAAAGAAAAUACAAAAGCUGGUUUUAGAAGUGUAAUGGCUGAGCCCUCCAGAGGGAUUUAUACGUUUGCAAUGCUUCAACCACAGUUUUGUGAAAUGUUGGUAUCGGAGGUGGAUCAUUUUGAAAGAUGGGUCCAUGAGACCAAAUUCAGAAUCAUGCGGCCAAAUACAAUGAAUCAAUAUGGCGCUGUUCUUGAUGAUUUCGGCAUGGAAACCAUGCUUGAGAGAUUAAUGAAUGAAUUCAUACGUCCUAUAUCUCAAGUUUUCUUUACUGAAGUUGGUGGAUCCACACUGGACUCUCAUCAUGGUUUUGUUGUUGAAUAUGGAACCAAUAGGGAUGUAGAACUUGGUUUCCAUGUGGAUGACUCAGAAGUCACCUUAAAUAUUUGCUUGGGGAAUCGAUUUUCUGGUGGAGAACUGUUCUUCCGAGGUGUUCGAUGUGAUGAACAUGUAAAUACAGAGGCCCAAUUAGAGGAGAUCUUCGAUUAUUCCCAUAGGCCAGGACAUGCAAUCCUUCAUUGUGGUCGUCACCGGCACGGUGCUAGACCUACAGUUUCUGGGGAACGGAUCAAUUUAAUUCUCUGGUGUAGAAGUUCGGCUUUUAGAGAGAUGAAGAAAUAUAUGAAAGAUUUUUCUAGCUGGUGUGGAGAAUGCAGGCGGAAGAAGAAGGAGAAAGAGCGUGUAGCAGUUGCUGCCACCAAAGAGGAAUUACUGAAGAGGGAACUUAAGUCAGCCUCGUGAAGUUGCACGCGCAAACCGUGUUUGUACAGUUCAUUCAUGACAAUGUCAACUCUUUUCUUUUCUCUCUUGUCUUUCCUGUUUCUGGAUUCAGGAUUGCUUUUAGUGAAAUGAAAAUGUGAAGGAGAAGAAUUAUAGUGUAGGAUUUGAAUGUUCUGAAUUUCUAAUGAUAACUUAUUGAAUAGGAAGGAACUAGAGACUAGAGUAAUCACCUUUUGAUUGUCUGUAGUUAAGUUAAAAGCUAUUUUAUCCUCUUCUCAUGUAUUUUUAGAGGCUUGUUUUAAACUGAAUUUCGAUAAAGGUUUUUUGUUGAGAAGAGUGGUAUUGCAUGCAGAACAAACUGUCCAACUUGUGGAGAAUAGGUUGAAGACUCUUCUCACUUGUUUUUUACAUGUACUUUGAUGUUUGGAGUUUGGAAUCUUGUUUUACAAGGGUUAGACUUCUAUUUUGCUCUGCAUCAUUUACCUCCGGAGCAUUUAACA